ACUGCUUCUCGUCUGCGGAGAUGAAACAUGGUAGCUACCAGUGAUGUUUCUAUGUGAUGUAUCUGAUAUUAUAAGGAAACUUCGACAGCAGUGUGUUAGGCUAUUUUAUUAUGUUUGCGGUAUAUUAUCAUUCUGGGUUCCGUCGAUGUAUAUGUUUUGUGCAAAUUUCUAGUUUCAUUGGUGUUUCUUUAGAGUUAAGUGAACAAGUGGAUACAUCAUCUGUGUGCUUGCUACUUUUCAUUUGCUCAUCACAUACUAUAGAACAGCAGGCAGCGAGAGAGUUUUCUUGGUAGAUUUCUUGGUAGUCGUCUAAUCAUGGAUGAGCUGACGGCCGCUUUGGCAUCUAGUUUUGAGGUCAGUAGCGACUUAAACAAGAUCUCCGCCCCACAUCCAAGAUUUUCUCAGUUCAAGAUGAAGUCAUCAAGUCAAGAUCAAGAUAGCCGUCGGCAACGUCUUCUUGAGUUCCAGAAAAGAAACAGAUUUGAUUAUCUGAGUCAUGUGCGCAAGCUCACAGAGGACGACUGGAAGGAUGAUGUGGACAAAGCCAGUGAAGAAGAGGAAAUCAUGGACAUAGAACAAACAAUAAAAAAACCUGGACGUCACUACCAAGAUCAGCUUAUGUAUUCAGAGUGGCUUGUAGAGGUUCCAUCAGAUUUUGCCACUGAGUGGCUCAUGGUACUUUGCCCUGUGGGUAAACGAUGUCUGGUUGUCACAAACAAGUUUUCUACCAAGGCUUACUCCAAGAGCGGCUUUUGUAUCAACACUUUUCCAUCUCACCUUCCAGGUGGUAAUCACAGCAUACAAAAGCGCAUCAGCUGCUGUGUGCUAGACUGCCUUUACAGUGAAGUAAACAAAACGUACUAUAUCUUGGAUCUAAUGUGUUGGAAUGGUCACUCUGUCUAUGACACUGAGACAGAAUUUAGAUUUUUCUGGCUGCAUGAAAAGAUCAAGGAAACACCUGAAGUCAUGGAAGUCUCCAAAGUAAAUCCGAUGAAAUUUGUACCUCUGCCAAGUUUUGCCUGCACCCAAGAAGCAAUAGCUUCAGCUGUUGCCUCAGCCAAUUUUGAGAUCGAUGGCUUGCUGUUUUACCACAAGCGCACUCACUAUUUGUUUGGCUCUACACCUCUGGUUGUGUGGCUGAAGCCCUACAUGCUUCCAGAAAUACUUGGCAUUGAAGUACCUCAGUGCCAGCUAGGCCACCAACCUGCAGACUACACCAAUUAUGCUGAUCAUAUGAAAAAGGUGGCAGAAGACAAGGAGAGGACUCAACUGGAGAAGACCCAAGGAGUCUCUUCCCAUGGAAACUGCUAUAGACAAAGAAGAGGUCGGGGAAGGGGCAGAGGUCAUGGUAGAGGAAGGGGUCAAGAACAAGUAAUGGAGGCAGAGUGCUUGGAAGGCAGUGAAGGUGGAGACCUCAGCAGGUGUAGGUCAAAUGCAAAAUCUGGGAGAAAAUAUCAGCGAGAUAAAGUAGAAAUAAUGGACUCAGAAUUUGGGGAAUGCAAGGAAAAUACUUGUGGCAGGCGUCAGGUAGCAAAAGAAGAUUCAGCACAUAAUGUGAACUACAGUUUGAAAAAAGAACUUGUGGCAAGACAGCUUAUAGCAAAUAGAUUUAAUGGUAGACAACAAGAGUGUUGCAGUAUGCAGGAGGAGGUCAUAGUUGAAAGCACCAUUGGAAAUCAAUUGGCUUGAUGAAGACCAUUUUAUUUUACAGGCCUCUGAGUACUGAGGAUUUGAGGAAAAUAUUGAGUGGGGGUGUUUUGCCAUGAAAAUAUCAUGAAGUGGCAAAAAUACUAAGAAAAAAUACAGGGCAUUGUGUUGCCCUGUGUUAUUCCCAGCUACUUCCAAAUACAUCUGUUGGUGACAUCUAGUUCAGUCUGUACGUGACAGGCCUUGGUAGAUAUGGUGGUGCAGUGAGACUUCAGGAGUUGUUUUCAUAAAGGGAUGCUUAUCAGUCGGUGGCUUUGUGGAUCACUUUUUGAAGCAGCUUUAAAACUAUAAAAUAAAAUGUCAUCGAAAUAAGUGCUUGACACAUUCUUGUAAGUGCUUACUAUUGUAGUGUUUUUACAUGCGUCUUUAAUCAUCCAGAGACAGUAUAUGGAUUCUUAUCUGUGGAUGACUUUUUAAAAAAAAAUUAUAAAAUACAAUGUUGUCAUAUAAAUGGGUGCUUGGCGUGUUUCUAAAUUCCUGCCUUGGUGGAGGGUGUGCUAUUCAGUCACAUGCAUCUCAUUCACUAAGAAGCCUCAAGCAGUCAAAUAAUAGUGGAUGUGUACAGCAUGAAAAUUUGUUUUCUAACGUAAUGCAUACUCUGCAUCUAGAUGUGAGUGUUUCUCAAUGCAUAAUAACAAUCUGAGGUACUGAAACCUGAACAGGCCAUGUCUUUAAGCUCAUUAUCUUGUUGUGAAAUUAGUGGAUUGGCAAUAACAGUAGCAUCAAUUUUAAAGGAGGAUGUAAUUGAUCAAGAUUUAUGGUACAGUCAUUUCAAGUGCACGAGCUGCUUACAGAAUCAGUAAAUAAUUUCCAUGCUUUAAUCUCCAGAAAAAUUUGAAUCAAACUGCAGCAUCUCAAUCCAUCAAGCCUCUAGCAGACCUUAUCAUGCUGUUUUCUUUUUGCUUUUCAUUUCAGCAUCAUCUUUGAUUGAAUGACUUAUAAUUUUAUCUGAUAUUUGUAACCUCUGUAUGUAUGUGCAUGUGCCCACCUGUGAAAGAGAAUAUGUGUGCCUGCAUUCUUGCAAUUACAAAUACACUAGUAGAAGCUGUUCCCUUUCUCAUUAUUUCAUAUACGCCAAACUUUUUAAUAGCUAAAAUCUUACUCUAAAGUCAAUAUUUUGUAAUUAAUGUCGAUAGGUCAUGAAUGAAGAUGAAUACCUUGAAGACUUCUGUCGCAUACCAAAGGGAAAUUUAUUAAGUUUUUAUUAUUUAAGAAAUGUUUUCUGUUGACCAAGAGGAGGAGGAUGACUUGCCUAGAUCUUAUUUGACCUUUUCUUACAUGCUUUCUUGAUGAGUUAAAGUGGCACACACUUUCCCAGUAGGAUGUUUGAUAUACUGUGUAUAUAUAUUAGAGGGACAACAGUCAAUUUAGAUGUCAAAAGUCUACCGGGUAGCGUCCCAUAUGCUGGUUUUCGGAAAAUUGGGGGGUGGGGUGGGGUUCGUUAAUAUGCUACUUAAACAGCGAGUGUAGACAGCAGCUACCCUUGGUAAACCACAAGAGAGGCAGUACAUCUGGACGCAGGUUGCCAGGCUAUGACUUUUUAGUUCGUUCCGUUGAUGAUCAAUGUCUGCGCUGGCUUAGUGUUCGGUGGAAGAAAGACCCCGCUUGUUGAUCUUUAGUGUUCUAGUAUAGUUUGCUAGUCUGGCAGUACUAUUCUGGGAGAACAGUUGGAUGGACUGAUGCAGCAACUAGUGUACGCUCACCACUGGUCCUGUCUCGAGUGGUGGUAUACAGUCCUGCCUGUGCUGGCUGGUCCAUUCUUUGACAUUUGCAAGCCAUUCUUCCUCUAUCUCAGCAUCACCCCACUCCACGAAAGAAAACAGACACACACCCAAUAAAAAAUGUCAUAUUU